AACUUUCUAAUUAACGACCCGUGUGUCGCUGCAUGUUACGUAUGUGGCUUCACAACCCUAUGCCUAUAUAACGUAACGCCGUUAAGCGUCAACGACGUCGUUGUGUGCUGAGAAAUUUAUCAAAUAAGACAUUACUCUGCCAAAAAUUCCUCGACGCGCUUCCUAACUUCGUGUGAUACUUUGUUCGCUUACUAUUAAAAUCGUUGUUCCCGGGUCAUCGUUCAAUGCGCGAGAGAAGCGUGAAGACAUUGUUAUCGUAAAUAAACAUAAGUUUGUAUCUCGCGUGCUUGCUUUUAUCAUAGAUUGCGGGUUUAUUGUUUUAUUCGUUAUUUUUAAAUGAACAGGCCGCGAUGUCAUCUGUCGCAUCGGAUUAUCGAGGAUAAUCGAAUUAAUGGAUUGAGAUAUUAAGUUAGAUUAACGCAACGACGUUGUUAAUGCAUUGAAUUCUUGGUACUUUGACAAACAUGGGAGGAGCUGUAAGCACCGGACAGGACAAUGAUGAAUUAGUGGAUAAUUUAAUGGAAUCAGGAUAUAUCAAAACGAAGAAAGUCGAACAAGUUUUUAGAGCUGUGGAUAGAGCCGAUUAUGUUCUAUCCUCUUGUCGAGAAGGCGCUUAUCAGGAUCUAGCAUGGAAACAUGGAAAUCUACAUUUAUCAGCUCCUUGUAUAUAUAGUGAAGUAUUGGAAGGACUCAGUUUAGAACCUGGCUUAAGUUUCCUAAAUCUUGGAUCUGGAACUGGCUACCUCAGCACAAUGGCAGGAUUGUUAUUGCAACAACAUGGAACAAAUCAUGGCAUCGAAUUGCAUCAAGAUUGUCUACAAUAUGCAUAUGAUAGAUUAGAGGAGUUUAAACAAAAAUCAUUGGCUCUAAAUGAGUUUGAUUUCUGUGAACCAAUAUUUACACAAGGAAAUUGUCUUAGUGUCAUACCUGGAAGACAGUAUGACAGAGUAUAUUGCGGAGCAGCAUGCCCUGAAAGUCACGAAUUAUUUAUUAAGCAAUUUGUACGUAUUGGAGGUAUAUUGGUAAUGCCUUUUAAAGAUCAAUUGUUACGUGCGCAAAGAGUGAAUGAGGUUGAGUGGGACGAACGCACAAUGCUUCCUGUAUCAUUCGCAACUCUAGUCAUACCUCCAGCUUCAGAACACAAUUUAUUUCACCUACCGGAGUGCAAUCCUUUACCUCUGCAAGAAUUAUGUCGUGGUAGGAUUCGACAUUAUCUACGUCAAAAUAUCUGGCGCGAACAUCCUGAACUCGAGACCGAAAAGCCUUUAGAUACCUCACCACAGAUACAGGAAAGACAAACUACACAACAACGUACUCUCAGACGUUUCGUAAUACCGAUCUUCGAGGAAUCCGAUGAGGCCUUAUCCGACGACGAACAGGAAAUUGGAAGAGCGCGCUUCUUGCUAAAUGCGAGUCUUGCCGAUGCACAUCCUGGGGAAGCUAUUACGACCACUCUUCAGUUGGUACGAGCUGUCAUACAACCGAAUCAGAACGAUAGAGAAGAAAAUCAACGGAUCUCGAGCAACGUUAGCGAAGAGACUCGAGACACCGCUGCAACCACGAACGUACGUCAACAAAGAAGAAAAUCUUCCGUGAAGAAUUCAACUUCAAGUACAAGCACAGACGGCACAAACGCCGCGGGUCAUAGUUCCACUACCAUGACUAUAGAUAAUGACAACAACAACGAGGAGAGAAGCGAAAGAAACGCGAGGAAGUCGGUAACCGCGUAUUCAAACAUGAGUGACAGCGAGAGUGACGCUGAGCAGGAGAAUGCUUUCGUGCAACGCAAGAAAAUCGCGAAACGCGAGAAGACGGAUAGCGGUAUAGUGGAUGAUAUGAAUUUCGAAGACGGCAGUUCCAGCUCGAACACCAACCAAUCCGACUCCGACAUCACUGAUACAACGGACGCGGGCGACGCGAUGGACGUGGAGCUGCCUGAUGCGGUUUACAGUUCUUGCAGAAGUACAUGCGGCUCUCGUUCCACGCCGAAAGACCCUACCUCCCGCCAGAUUGCAACUGCCAUGCAUUUUGUGGACAGUAACGUGUUCGCCGUUUACAUGAGGGAAAAGAUACAACAAUUACCAUUGCCUUUUUCAAUAAAGCUGUACAUGAACUAUAAUCGUAAGUUAUAAGCGCGUCACACGUUAUUUUUAUUUUAAAAAAUACAUUCACUUUAUUACGCAAUAAUUUCACAUUGUUUUUUUUCUUUUGUAUAUGCAUUUUACUGCAAACUUGUAUAAUCCAUAACGAGUUUCAUCAUUUCAAAUGAUGUUUGUAUUUAAUAUGGACUCCUAUCUCGAGCUAUUUACAUUUUACGUAUGUUACGAUGUCACUUAAUCUCGCUACUGAUAAUACCUUAUGCGUUUGUAGAUAACGAAUUCUCAACAACUUUUUUCCCAA